AUGCGCUACUACUACAAAAAGGGAAACCUUGUAGCGGAGAAAUCAAGCAAGUUGACCACACCAAUAAGUGGCAGAGUGGCAUUGUUUAUCCAGGCCCUCGUGGACACAGACCCAGAAGGACGUCCAGAUGUGGUGGAGGCAGCAAGUGAUGUAUGGUUAGAGGAGCUUGGAGUUGAUAAUCAUAGAGGAACAGACUUUCAGUUUGUGGAUGAAAAGGAAAUGAGAGAUUGUGCUUCACUGAUCACCCCUAACAACUCGCAGAAUCUCAAAGGUAUACGUAGUCUUGUUCCGAUUGAUCCUGCCGGUCUCUCUGCACCCCAUAGUCCCCUUGCCAGUUUAUAUUCCCGUGACUAUGUAGCCGGUAGCCGCAGGGUUAGCAGGCAGGAUGAGGGAGUGGAUAGAAUGGACUUGAAAACGGUGUCCCUAGGGCCGGCGGUGGCGCCCGCCUACCUUACCAUCUCGGCCUUCCUGAACGAGUCGUAUCCCGGAUCUGCACCGUUCAACGAGGAAGCACUUUGGCCAUCGAAACCUGCAGGAUGAGGGUAGCGUUGUUUAGGGCAGAGCUGGGACCCCAGAUUUCAGCAAGGGACUGCUAAAGAAGAACGAGGGUACUAGAUGUUGAUACAAUGGUUUCUUUAUGUUCUCAAAUACUUCCUUUUGGUUUUCACUUUCCAUACCAGAUCCUAGUUAACACUGGCUGUUUUUAUUUUGUUGUUCUUGUGGCCUCCGGUUAUUUCGCCUUUGUUUGUUUACUCUCUGCUGGGGGGUGUCUGGACAGGUCAUAUUGAUAAAUAGUUCGACUAGCUACUUCUGAUUAUCAAUUAUCUCUGUGUUGAGUUCCGCAGAGCUCUGGUCCUUAA